CCCACCACCAACCCUCUUGAGCUAAAUUUGUUUUCUUGGACUUGUCAAGGUGUCUUCUCGCCCACCAAACUGAAAAGUGGUUGAAUAGAGCUGUGAAUUUUGGAAAAUGGGUGUGGCGGCGAAAAUAGCACCGUCGAUGCUGUCGUCGGACUUCGCCAAUUUGGCAUCGGAGGCCGAGCGCAUGCUCAAAUUUGGCGCCGAUUGGCUCCACAUGGACAUCAUGGAUGGGCACUUUGUCCCAAACUUAACACUUGGUGCACCCGUCAUUCAGAGUUUGAGAAAGCACACAGAGGCGUAUUUGGAUUGUCACCUUAUGGUCACAAAUCCUCUUGAUUAUGUAGAACCGUUGUCGAAAGCUGGUGCUUCAGGUUUUACAUUUCAUGUCGAGGUAUCCAAAGAAAAUUGGCAAGAACUUGUUCAAAGAAUUAAGUCCAAGGGCAUGAAGCCAGGUGUGGCAUUAAAGCCCGGAACACCAAUUGAAGACGUUUAUCCUCUGGUUGAAGGUGAGAAUCCCGUGGAAAUGGUCCUUGUUAUGACUGUAGAACCUGGAUUUGGGGGACAAAAGUUCAUGCCAGAAAUGAUGGAGAAGGUGCGCACGCUGAGAGAAAGGUACCCUUCGCUAGAUAUAGAGGUAGAUGGUGGCCUAGGGCCUUCAACCAUUAACGCGGCAGCUUCAGCCGGAGCCAACUGCAUAGUUGCUGGAAGUUCAGUGUUUGGAGCCUCAGACCCUAGUGCAGUAAUAUCCCUUUUGAGAAGUAGUGUUGAGGAAUCUCAACACAAAAGUUGAUUCUGGUACAUGCAAGAUGUAUCAUAAUUGGGUUUUUUGUUUCUUUUUAUAUCAACAUAUAUUUACAGUGUUUACACUACAUGUAUGAUCCAGUUGACGUGGUGAGUUUUGAAACUUGAUUGAAUAAGAAUAUUUGAGGGUGCCUUCUCAAGUGUUA